AGGCACCCACAAAAACCCUAAUUCGUGGUCAAGCGCAAACAUAACAUACAUUUCCCAACCUUGAGAGCUGGUUUUGAUCUUGAAGUUUAGGGUUCAGACAUGACUUUCAAGCGAAGGAAUGGAGGCAGAAACAAGCAUGGCCGCGGCCAUGUCAAGUUUAUUCGCUGCUCUAACUGCGGCAAGUGCUGCCCAAAGGACAAGGCCAUCAAGAGAUUUUUGGUGAGGAACAUUGUUGAACAAGCUGCAGUUAGGGAUGUUCAAGAAGCUUGUGUUUAUGAUGGCUACACCCUUCCCAAGCUUUACGCCAAGAUGCAGUACUGUGUUUCCUGUGCAAUUCACUCUCAUGUUGUGAGGGUUCGUUCCAGGGAAAACAGGAGAAUCCGUGAGCCACCACAGCGUUUCAGACGUCGGGAGGACACUGCUAGGCCCGGCGGUGCACCAGGGCAGCCCGGUCAACGCCCAGCAGGAGGAGCCCCAGCUGCUGCUCGCACUUAAAUGAAGUGGCAUGCAAUGUUCAUUUGCUUCAAGGCUUUUGCAUUGAGGCUUUAGUUAUCGGAUGCUACUGAGUCACUUAAAUUUUUUGGUUUUCUAGUGCAUUUCUCUUUGAGGAUUUUAAUAGUGUCAUGUGGAUUUUUGUUUAUCAAAAUGACUAUUUAUGUAUUGUUUUCUAUAGUUGCUGAAGCUAUCAAGUAGUAUUCAUACUUUUUUUCCGCAAAGAAAAGAGAAUGUUAAUUCAUAUUUUUGUUCGAUA